GUGUCGGAGCGGUGGGUUAUCGGAAUACUUCUACGUGCAUUGUAGGUUACAACUAGUAUUUAUGAAGUCGUACAGAAGUGGCACGAAGCGCAAGAGCAUAGAACCAACGCAUUGAAGCAUUUAUUCCCGCAGUCCAGUUCACAUCAACCACAGGUAUCGGCGACUUAAAAUUCGUAACAGUAUAUAGCGCUAGAACGAAAGAAGUGCGAUGGGCAUCCGGGGCCUUCAGUCGUUCAUUGAUGGAAAACAAUGGUACGAAGAAGUAAACAUCAGAGACGUCGCAGAUGAAUGGAGGCGCACAAAGACUGUGGAGCCAGUCAUUGCCGUUGAUGGCGCUGCUUGCGCCAGGCACAUAUACGGUACGGCAGAUAAGUUUUGCGGCGGUCAGUACAAGCAAUUCCGGGAGUCGUGCAGAACCUUUGUGCAGAGGUUUCGUGACAGUGGGAUCCGGUUGGUUUUCUUCUUCGAUGGCAUACCAGUAGAAGAAAAGAUGAAUGCCUGGGCAAACCGAAGAAAGGAUAGAUUGUGGCAGAUAUCGGAACUCUUUGCCGAUUUUCGUGCAGGACUUUCUAUGAAAGAGAGGAAAUUCUAUUUGAGGCCAGAGGCCGUGGUGCCCACUGCAAGAGUCAUUUUUGGUACCGAACUGGACUGCAAUGUGCGUGUCGCAACCGGCGAUUGCGACAAUGAGCUGGCCGAGUACGCCGCUAGGGAAGACCAUUGUCUCGGCAUUAUAUCCAGCGACACUGAUCUGCUGGUGCACGAGGGAGUUCCGUGCCUCAUCUUUUUCAAACAUCUGAAGAUGACCAGCAGCUUAAAUGCGCGACGCUACAAUCCUGCCGACAUAGCCUCGAAACUGGGACUCCGGCGCGAACACCUGCCAGUCUUUGCGUCAUUCGUCGGCAACGACAUCAUCAGUAGGUCGCAGCUGGCAUCACUACACGACAACCUUCUUUCACGCUACGGCAGGGGCUCCAGGGUCGAGAACGUCGCCAAGUUCGUCAAGGAUGGGCCGCCGGAGGAUGUUACAGCUCUGUGUGCCUACGCCUUCGACGACCAACCGAAUCACUUGGAGGACGAAGUGAGAGCGAGUAUCGACAGCUACAGGCGCGGGAACGCGGUUGCAGAGGAGCCGACUGGCGAUGGCCCGUGGGGUGAACUGCUGCGGUUGGCCGAGGAGAGACAUGUGACGUGCAAAAUGCCUGCCGCCGUGUACGCCGUAAUGAAGCGCAGGCGUUUCCGCAUCGGUGAGGUUCUAGAAGACCUAGCCGAGCAGCGCCCUACCGGAUUGGUGCUUCGGCCGAUGAGGGCCAGACUGUACGCUGUUCUGCUUCGAGAGCGAGGCCCGGACUCCGCCGAAGUGAAAGAGCUGAUGCCUAUGGGCAUCGGCAACAUACGCGAGGAGUCGGUGGCAGUGGCUCGGCUACCCACAAGCGUCCCUCACCCCGGACUUCGUGCCUUGUGGCAACAGGAGGACGUCGCGGGCCAAGACCAGCGGUGGCGGCUCUUCGCGUGGGUGACGUCACCACGGGCGAACCUGUCGGCGCUGAGGUCCGUGUCGCCGCCGCACCUCGCGGUGCCCGCUGUCGCGCUCUCGUACCUGCGUCACGACUGUAACCCGGCCGCCCUGGGACAGGAGGAGGCCGCGGUCUUCGCAGCCGUCGCCGUGGCCGUCGGCGACGCCUCCGCCAGCUUCCUCGCAGGUCCGGAUGUCGAGACGGUCAACGUACGCGCCGUCUACUUGGCGACGCUCUUCGUGCGUACGGUGCUGCACGUGCUCGACGCAGCUGCGGCGUGUGGGCUCUCCUUCCCGACCGAGAAAGACUGCCUUCUGGACGCCUACUUUGAUGGAAGAUACUUCCACGAUGUGUUCGCCGCGACUAUGUCGCACUCACCGCGUGACCCGAGGCACCACCUUCUGUGGCGUGCCUCGUACGAGGCACAGUUUCAGCAGCUGGUAGAUGCAAUCGAAAGCACCAACUGA